GCACCCUUCAUCUUUCAGAGCCAGCAGUUUGGAUCCUAAGUUUCCCUCUUCAAGAAGGAAUCUUCAGGAAUCUUCAGGCUUCAGUGAGAAGAGUGACUAUAGAAGCAUGCAUUUAGAGAAGAAAGAUGACCUGCUGGCUGCUGGUGUGCUGGAGAUGGAGUCCCAUGAGACGUCUCUCCUGCUGGGUGCAGGCCUGCGAGGACAGGAGCUGACUGGGGCCUCUGCCAGUGGACGGCAACCAGGGCCAGGAGACAUCGGAGCAGAGCCCCCUGAGCCCUGGCCCAGCCGGGUUCCUGUGGGCCAUGAUUCCAGCCCAUUCCUCACAGAGUGGAGGUCUCACUUUGCUUUGCCCCAGUUCUUCAGCUCCAGGUCUACAGAUGCCUGCUUUACUGAAAAUACUCCCCUGCUGCAGAAUUUCUCCCAAGAGAAAGGGUUGCAGCAUGUGCCCGCCUGCCGUCCAGGUCUUAUCAUGGCUGAGUCCUGGGAGAACAGCUCAGCUGAGUGGGAGCCCCGGUGCCUGCUGAGCAGCGAUGCUGCUGGCCUCUCCACAUCUGCUUCCUCAGAGAAGGGGGACUUCCCAGGCUCGGUGCAUGUCCAAUCCCGCCUUUUGAAGCUGAGGAGCUGUGUGCGCUGGCUGAAAGUCACGGGCCUGUUCGUCUUGGUGGUGGUGUGCUCUAUAUUAUUUAGCCUGUAUCCGGAACAAGGAAAGUUCUGGCAGUUGUUGGCUGUGUCGCCGCUGGAAAGCUACUCUGUGAACCUCACCAGUGCCCCUGACUCCACGCUGCUCCAGGUGGAGCUGGCGGGGGCCCUGGAGGCUGGCAGGCCGAGUCGUCCUGGGAGAGAGGAGCUCAUCGUGGUUGAAGUGGCCCAGACAGACACCCAGGGUUCCCGGCGGUGGCGGCCAGCACAGGCCACUUAUAAUUGGACAAUAUUUUUAAAUCCACAAAGAAAUGAGCGCUUUGUCAUGAGCAGGACUUUUGAGAUACUGAGCAGGGCGACCGUCUCCAUCAGCAUCCGAGCCUCCCUGCGUCAGAGCCAGGCCGUGCCUCUGCUCCUGGCCCACCAGUACCUCCGCACCACCGUGGAAAUGCAGGUCACCAUCGCCGCAGUCAUUUUAGCAGGGGUCUACGUGCUGAUUAUAUUCGAGAUUGUUCACAGAACCCUGGCAGCCAUGUUGGGUUCACUUGCAGCAAUCUCUGUGCUGGCUGUGAUUGGCGAUAGACCAAGCCUGGACCACGUGGUGCAGUGGAUUGAUUUCGAGACCUUGGCCCUGCUGUUUGGCAUGAUGAUUUUAGUAGCUGUAUUUUCAGAAACUGGAUUUUUUGAUUAUUGUGCUGUCAAGGCCUACCGGCUCUCCCGGGGCAGCGUGUGGGCCAUGAUCCUCAUGCUGUGUCUCAUGGCUGCUGUCCUCUCUGCCUUCCUGGACAAUGUCACCACCAUGCUGCUUUUCACCCCCGUGACCAUCAGAUUAUGUGAGGUGCUCAACCUCGACCCAAGACAAGUCCUGAUUGCAGAAGUGAUCUUCACAAACAUUGGAGGAGCCGCCACCGCCAUUGGAGACCCACCAAAUGUCAUUAUUGUUUCCAACCAGGAGCUGAGGAAGAUGGGCCUGGAUUUUGCGGGAUUCACAGCACACAUGUUUGUUGGGAUUUGCCUCGUUCUCCUGGUCUCCUUUCCAUUCCUCAGACUUCUUUAUUGGAACAAAAAGCUUUAUAACAAGGAGCCCAGUGAGAUUGUUGAGCUGAAGCACGAGAUCCACGUGUGGCGCCUCACCGCGCAGCGCAUCAGCCCCGCCAGCCGCGAGGAGACGGCCGUGCGCCGCCUGCUGCUGGCCAAGGUGCAGGCGCUGGAGCACCUGCUGGCGCGCAGGCUGCGCACCUUCCACAGACAAAUUUCAGAAGAAGAUAAAAACUGGGAGAUCAAAAUCCAGGAGCUAGAAAAAAAGCAUAGGAUAUCGGACAGGAUCCUGCUCAUUAAGUGCUUGAUGGUGUUGGGAUUUGUGAUCUUCAUGUUCUUUCUGAAUUCAUUUGUUCCUGGCAUUCAUCUUGAUCUCGGAUGGAUUGCUAUUCUGGGAUCCAUCUGGUUGUUAAUUUUAGCUGAUAUCCAUGAUUUUGAGAUAAUUCUACACAGAGUGGAAUGGGCAACCCUUCUGUUCUUUGCAGCACUCUUUGUUCUGAUGGAGGCAUUGGCGCAUCUCCACUUAAUAGAAUAUGUUGGAGAACAGACUGCUGUGUUAAUAAAGAUGGUCCCUGAAGACCGGCGCCUCACGGCCGCCAUUGUGCUGGUUGUCUGGGUCUCGGCCCUGGCCUCGUCCUUGAUUGACAACAUCCCGUUCACCGCCACCAUGAUUCCAGUGCUUCUGAACUUGAGCCGAGACCCAGAGGUCAGCCUUCCUGUGCAGCCGCUCAUGUAUUCCAUGGCCAUCGGCGCCUGCCUGGGAGGUAACGGGACGCUGAUUGGAGCAUCAGCAAAUGUGGUUUGUGCAGGAAUUGCAGAACAACACGGAUAUGGGUUCUCUUUCAUGGAAUUCUUCAGGUUGGGCUUCCCAAUGAUGGUUGUUUCCUGCAUGGUCGGCAUGUGUUAUCUGCUGGUUGCUCAUAUUGUGGUGGGUUGGAAUUAAUGGACAGUCACUUCUGAGGACCAACAGAAGCUUGAUCUGUCACCAGCAUCAGUCAGAAAAUGACCCUGAGACCACUCUUUGGAGAAGAAGAGGAGAGCGCUUACCACAGGGGUGCUACAGGAAUGGGAACACACUGGGGCAGGCUUUGGCACUCAAGUUCUUACUGGGGAAAUGCUGGCAAACAUCUUCCCAAGGACAAACCAUAGAAAAUAUGAGAUAAUUUGAAAUAUGUAGUAUUUCAAAAUACUUCCUUCAAUACUAUAUAGGAACAGACACAAAUACAACAAUCUACCCCAAAUGGUUUUUGUUUCUUAAUUGUUACUUUUUCAGAGGCUAGAUAUAGUUUUUCUUCAUGUAACCACUUUUCUUGUUAAAAUAAUCAGCAUGAAAUCUGUCUACUCUCAGAUCAUAGACUCUUCUUGAGAAAAAGGCCUACAGGUUGUAAGGAAGCAUUUUAUAUAUUUUACAAAACAAACUGUUCGUUGACAAAGGUUCUGAAAUUUGUUAAUUUCUUAG